AUGAGUACCAACGAUAAUUGCAUCCCGGACUGGCAGCAUACAUCUUUUACUUUUUAUAAAUAUGUCCCGUCUCUUGCAGCCGCGGUGAUCUUCACCGGACUCUUCUUCUUAGCAUUUGCUGGUCAUUUAUUUCGAAUGAUCAAAGCAAAGGCUUGGUUCCUAACUCCGUUGGUAAUAGGAUGUUUAUUUGAGGUCAUUGGUUUCGCCGCCAGAGCAGUUUCAGCAAACCAAAAGCCAGGAUGUUGGACGGAGACGCCUUAUCUUAUCCAGACGUUAUUAAUCUUGUUGGCUCCGGCGUUGUUCGCGGCUUCCAUUUAUAUGACCCUUGGGCGAAUUAUCGAGGUCGUUGAUGGAGAACAAUAUGCACUUAUCGGACGGAGAUGGCUUACGAAGAUAUUUGUUUGUGGAGAUGUCAUUUGUUUUCUCCUCCUCGGUGGUGGUGGUGGCAUGCUAGCCUCUGCAAAGACGAACAAGAAAGAAUUCGAUCUGGCCAACAACAUCAUCAUCGGCGGACUUGUGCUGCAGCUGUUGUGGUUUGGACUUUUCGUUGUGAUAGCUCUCAUAUUUCACCGUCGAAUGAUGCUCGCCCCGACAGCUCGAAGCUACCAGUCCGAUAUUAAAUGGAGAAGCUAUCUUCACGCUCUAUAUGUUGCCAGCGUGCUCAUUAUCGUGCGGAAUAUUUUCCGCCUUAUUGAGUAUUGCCAGGGCAGUAAUGGCUAUUUGCUGACUACGGAGGUCUUUGUCUAUUGUCUUGACGCCUUGCCAAUGUUCUUGGUUGUUGCUUGGUUCCUCUGGAAGUAUAUUGGGGAAGUCAGCGAGCUGCUUCGAAGAAAACAGUCAUAUGGACUUCCAAUGAACGAGAUUUGA